AUGAACCUUCUGAGGGGCACAAAGCUGGUGAGUACAUUGCCCUCUUAUUUUCGCACACAAAAAAAAACCCACCAUUGGGGAAAGAAAUCCACCCAUGAAAUAUUUGAAAAUGAAAAGUGCCUAGACAAAUUUGAAGACCUCCAGAAAAAUAAAAUAAUUUACAAGAAGGAUCAUAAAGAUUACUUGAAGCUAUAUAAACGUUACAGACCUGUCUAUGCCAAGCUCAUUGUGGAGAGGAGUAACCCCUUCAACUUUGAGAUUCACUGGAAGGUGACUGAAGAAUCAUCCGUUUGUGUCAGUAACGAGGCAGGUGGGAAGAUAAAGAAUUUUACGCAGACGUUAUGGAAGCUGAAGGGAGAGCUGGCCAAACUGACUGACCGUUUGGAAGCGAGUCAGCCCAAUGAGGUACACACUAGAAAGGUGAAGCAAGAUGGCGAAGUGAGAGGGGCCUCCCCAAAGGUACACCUCAAAAAUAUAUCGGAUUGGGGAAGGCAACAGGAGGAACACGUCGAAAGGAGGCCAGGAAAGACGCUCUCCCACAGAAGCAACACCCCGGAGAGCAACCAAAAGGGAACAAAAAAAAAAAACAGCUACAGCAAGUUUCACAAAAUUUGGGAAUGUUUCCUAUCCCACAAGGAGAGAAACAACGUGAAGGAGGAAAAAAUAUGCUUCGAAAUUCUGCGGAGGAACUUUUUGAAAGCCGAAUUUUUUGGUGAAAAUAAAAAAAGAGAUUUCCUGUUUUUCGAAAAUAUAUUAACAUCACUGUUGUUGAGACCGCACAUAUUUAUAUCGGUGUUGAACUCUCUGCAUUGUGUUUUCUUCGACACGACGGUGGGUGUCUCUCCGCGGAUAGCACCCAUGAGUAGAAGUGACCCCGUACGGAGUGGAAGUGCCCUCCUCGUGAAUAACUCCCCCGGAGUGGGACAGACUCCCCUGCCUCGCCUCUAUCCCACGAGUGCACCGGCACAUUUGGUAGAUCCACAAAAGGGAGAGCAAAAAAAUGGCGCCACAAAUGGAAGCACGUACACUUCAUAUGAGGAGGGUCACUCAGAGGGAAAAAAUCCCCGUGAUCAGGACAACAGUAAGCAAAGACAACCCCUUGGGCACAUCCUCUCUAAUGAGACUUCUGCUCAAAUCAGAAGGUACAUUCUAAAUUACCUAUUCAAUAUAUAUUAUGAAAAGCACGUGGGGCUCCAGAACAUGCAGAGGACAUUCGAACUGCACCAGGCAUACAAACUUCGCUACUGUAGGAAGGAGAAAACUGAUUACAAGUUUAUCGCUUGCAGCGAAGUCGAACUUGAGAUCAAUGAUAUCAUUUUAAUUAAGUGUGCCCCAAUGAGCGACUCGUUCUUAGUAGGAGUGGUUAACAGAAUACAGAGGGCCAGAGAUUUUUCCGUCCUUUUUAUGAAUGUCAAACGGUACAUGUGCGGCAACAAGGGGGGAGACGGGACGAAGCUGUACGAGGAGAUGGACAUAAGUGAGGAAUACGUGGAGAGUUACCUGAGCAGACGGGGCGGAACCGCGAAGGAGUUGUCCUUUGGGGCGGCUGCGCAUGGGGGUAGCCCCCACAUUGAUAACGCCUCUAGAGGGCAUCCAAUCGGUGAUAAGACCUAUCGAGAGCAUCCAAUCGGUGAUAGGCCCCUUCGAGAGCAUCCAAUCGGUGAUAGGCCCCUUCGAGAUCAUCCAAUCGAUGAUAGGCCCCUUCGAGAUCAUCCAAUCGGUGAUUACCCCUAUCCAGAUCACAUCAACCAUGACCGGUCAAGUGGCUCCCUCCCGCAGCCACCUCCCUACGCCGACGACCCCAACGUCCACGAAGCCGUCACCCUCACCGUUCACCUGAAUACCAUUUCGAACCGAAUAAAGUACUCCAUGCUGAGUCUCUUCGAGAGGAGGAAAGAUUCCCCCCACAGCGAACUCUUACAGCUACUUCUAAACGAAGAGAAGAGUCCAUCAUCUGUGGUGGCACCCACGGAGGUGACAAACAUGUGCAUUGGGGGCCACCACGAUGGGAAUUACAACUUCCUGAUCCAAGAAGCUAUACAUAAAUUCAUGGAGAGUCGAAAAAAGGAAAUCCAUUUCUUCGACAUGGGUAACAAGGAUCUUAUCAAGAGUGAUAAAAUCGUUGGCAGGUUGCACAAAAGGUUGAAAAACAACCCAGAGGAAUUCUCACACAUGUGUAAUAUGUACAGGAGGUUCGACGUCUACCAGAAGGGAAUUUUGCAGGACAUUCUCAUCAACGAAGAGGGAGUACCCAUGCACCUGGUUCGGGGCGCACCCGGGAGCGGCAAGAGUGACCUCAUCUCCUUCAUCAUAUACUUCCUAACCCUGGAGCGGAAGAACAACAUCUUCGUGGGAACAAGCAAACACAUCUCGGUGCAAAACGUGCGCCAAAAGUUACUGCACCUUAACCUCUGCCUCAACAGAGACACCAUGCAUAGGCCGAGAAACCAGAAGUCCGACAUUUAUAUAGACACCAUUUAUCAAGCCUUCAAAAUUAAGGAUAAAAAAAUAAAGCACCUAAUUAUCGACGAGGCGUCCAGCUUAUCUGAGUACAGCAGUCUCAUCUGCCUAAAUCUGAACUGCGAUUUUGUGUACGCCUUCGGUGACGAUAAGCAGUUAACUUUCCACAGCUUAAUAAACGAGAGGAAGAGACUCCAAAUAAAUUACCUCAGCAUCUUCCAGAAAUUGAGUCACUACAAAAAUGCCAAGUGUCACAAUCUGCUCAUUCAGUACAGGUUGAUCUUUCCUAUGUACUUAUUUACUUCUUUUUAUUUUUACGAGAGAAAAUUAAUUGCAUCGAAAAAGAUUAUGGACAAUUUCUUCCUAUCAGGGGGGGACCCAACUAGGGUUAUAGAGCCCAAGGUAGGCUUCGCAGCAAUCGACGCAGCAACCGACGCAGCAACCGACGCAGAAACGGACCACCCCAUCUACUCAAACUGGAAGAACCUCUUCCAGCAUUGCACCGUCCCGAUUGUCUUCAUCGAUACGUACCAUGGAGAGUACAACUCUCAAACGUUUGAAUUCAAAAUUAACUACUCCUACGUGAACCAGUUUGAGGCACAGAUAAUUAUAAAGCUGGUCCAAAUUUUAAAGCUGGAGAAUCAGAAAAAUGUCACCAUUUUGACUCCGUACACGGGCCAAAAGUUUUAUAUCCAAUCUCUGUUGCGAAAUGGCUAUCUGGACAAUAGGACCCAUUCACAUGAGCCCAUAUUUUACCUCGACCAAAAGGAAAACAAACAAAAUUGCACAAAUAUCAUGUACCAAAAGGUGGCUGGAAGAUCGGGAGGUAUAUUUUUUCCAGGUGAGCAUUCCGGCACCCACAGGAGAGAUACCCAUUCGAGGGGGGACUGGAGUCAUGACCAAAUGUUCGAACUUUUUAAGAAGGGCAAUAGGGGAGGGAAGACGAACGAGUUGACCCCAAUCUCCUCGGAGGAAAACAUCCUUCGCGUUGGUCUACCUGGUAACUCUUUCAAUGAGGAGGCUUCCUUCCAAACUCAUAAUCCAAGUGGAGUCCCCCUUUUUGGAAACAUCCUUUCGAGGAGGUUUCCACCAAAUCGUGAGAUAGUGGGUGCAAACAAUUUCCCUCCCUCAGAGAAAGUACUUUCUACCACGUUUGAACUACCCUCAAACGGAAGAACCAUCAGUAAGCACUAUAAGUGGACCAACCGAUUCGAUGGGAAUAACCAGCCAGCGAAGGAAAACCUACAACUCGACCCAAAUAUGAACAUUCUGCACAGAAAUGUGCACACAAUAGACAGUUACCAGGGGUGCGAAAACGACUUCAUCAUUAUAAGCACAGUCCGAUCGAAUGACAAAAAUGUAUUGGGUUUUCUAAAUGAUGAAAAGAGGUUGAACGUUCUGUUGACUAGAAUGAAAAAAAGAAUUAUCAUUGUCGGAAAUUCUAACACGCUACGGAAUAAUUUUUUUUGGAAGGAGUUCAUUUCCUUUUUGGACUUUUUUAACUCCAGGAAGUCCGCCUUUACUUUGCCCUUCCUGCGCAACGGCAAGUGA